CUCUUUUCUUUAUUCUCACCUAGAGGUCUAUUUAUAUAUAUAUAUGGUACACACGAAGCAUUAGGUAAGUAACUAGUGAGACCAAAUCACAUUGCAGCUAAUUUGGUGUCAAGCGUCAAUGGUGGUCAGUCAUGGCACUUGGUUCCAGCUUGAUCAAAAAGGAGCUAGUCCUGGAGCAAGAAGUUCACAUGCUGUUGCCAUAGUAGGACAAAAGCUCUAUGCAUUUGGGGGUGAAUUCGCGCCACGUGUCCCCGUUGAUAACAACGUACACGUCUUCGACCUCAAGACUCUCACAUGGUCUGUGGCUGAUGCAUCCGGGGAUACCCCACCACCACGUGUGGGUGUGACAAUGACUGCAAUUGGAGAUACCAUCUAUGUAUUUGGUGGAAGAGAUGCUGAACACAAGGAGCUCAAUGAGCUCUAUUCUUUUGAUACUAAGAUCAACAAUUGGGCCUUAAUUUCAAGAGGAGACCACGGGCCUCCUCACCGCAGCUACCAUUCCAUCACCGCCGAUGACCGGAACGUCUAUAUAUUUGGUGGUUGUGGGGUUUCCGGGAGGCUCAACGAUUUAUGGGCCUUUGAUGUUGUCGAUAAAAAGUGGACCGAGUUUCCAUCUCCGGGCACAAACUGCAAAGGCAGAGGUGGCCCCGGCCUCGCAGCUGUCCAAGGAAAAAUAUGGGUAGUGUAUGGUUUUGCUGGAAUGGAAGUGGAUGAUGUGCAUUGCUUUGAUUUGAUCAGCAAAACAUGGUCCCAAGUUGAAACAAGUGGACAGAAACCAUCAGCGCGUAGUGUGUUUUCAACAGCCAGUUAUGGAAAACACAUAAUCUUGUAUGGUGGGGAAAUAGAUCCUAGUGACCAAGGUCAUAUGGGUGCUGGCAAAUUCUCUGGUGAUGUUUUUGUGUUGGACACAGAGACACUAGAGUGGAAGAAGUUGGAAGAAAGGGUGGACUCUGGUUCCCAUCCCGGGCCUCGCGGAUGGUGUGCAUUUGCCAGUGCUCAGCGAAACAGUCAAGAGGGCUUACUGGUAUAUGGCGGGAACUCUCCCAGCAAUGAUAGGCUUGAUGACAUUUUCUUCUUUGCCCUGUGUCAGAACUAGUAACUGCAUUAUGUUUGAUAUGUUUCUGGAAACAUGUGAUUGGGUAAGGUGAUAUUUGUACUUAAGAAAUUUCAGUUUGUGUGUAUGUAAUAAAUUAGCAAGAAGUGUGUGAAAAUUCUCAGGUUUGGCUUAUUUAAUGGUUUAGUUUAUUCUUGUAUUUUGAUUUGGUGUUGCAAGAACUUGUGAUUGUAAAUCUUUGCCUUUGUUAGAGAAAAUGUUCUGAUAGUUGUGAGAUACACUCAGUUAACUUA